GCAGUCGCAGACGCUCAGUGCCCACGGUCAGAUCGGGGUCCCGACCACAAGAAAGAGAGACCCCGAGCGCAGAAACGUCAAGUCGAUCGCGCUCGAGAUCGAUCGAUCGCGCCGGCGGAAUCGCCCAAGUGUCUCUUCCCCACCCUUCCGGACAGGAAAACCCUGUCGGACGAGGUGCUCGCCGUGAUUUUGUUUAUCCGCCGAUCGAUCGAUCGAUCGUUCGAUUCGCGAUCUAGCGCGUCGCCGAGCGCGAGUAACCCUCUCAACAUCCUUUUCCUCGUGUGCGACACGAGGAAGAUUGAAGAACGGGCGCGAGGACGGGAACGAGGGUGAACGGAAACUCGAUGUCCGGUUUGUUAUCGAUCGACCGAGAGUCGACAGGUCGGGAGAUGGAUGCAGCCGCAAAAGAUAGCCAAGGAGAUUUCGUCCCGGCAUAGAUCGAUCGGUGCAUGCAGUCGUGUACGUUAUUCGGUCGGCUGUGUGUGAAUACGCGAACCGGAUGAUCUAGAAUUGAUUUCAUACAAGACGAUCGAAGAUGCUAUUGAUUAAUUUGUAAUUUUGCCAAAGCUAGCGCGAUGUUUACAAGUGAACAAAGUUUAUGAGAGAUUAAAAUCAUUUAAUUUGCUGAUAUUGAUUUUGUAAGGAGCCGCAAUAAUGGCCGUCGAUUGAUUUUUUGUAAAACUCAAUUGCGGUGUAUCACGUUCCGGAGAUAAAUAAAUUUCAAGAAACAAAAAUGGGAAGAUUCCAAAGUGUUUAGUUGUGACAAUAAAACCGUGCAUGACGAGAGAAUGGAGAGUCCGAAUUUAUUGCUGAGCGGCUUACGAAAAUGUAGAAAAUAUUCAUUACGACGUUACGUGCCAACGAGUGCGAAUCCGGCAUAAACAGAUUGGUUGCGAACACGACCGGUGCGACUUGGAGACAGAACAGAUUUGCUGCAGGCUAGUGUCUUAUCGAUUCAGGCAGCCGCUUAGAGAUGUGGUCACGCACGCGGCUCGUCUUUUUGACGUCGGUAUUUACGCUGUUGAUCGGCGCUUGCAUUACCAAAUCACAGCGACCGCAACUCGGCACCGCCGUCAACAUCUUCAGCCGCUACGGUUACCUGAGCAUCAGCAUGCGAGUGGUACCGCGCAACGACACGGAACCCUGGAUAUUUCGCGAGCCCACUUGUGACAUCUUUUUGAAUCCCAUGCCGAUGCCGCCCAAGCAACGCCAGCAGGGCAAAGCCGGCACCGCUAUCUUCGACGGCGACUUCCACAUGGAGUUCUGUGACAAUAUCAGACAGCUUCUGCAGGCGUACUUUCGCGACUUCACUUUCGAGAAACUCGACAGGCCAUGGCGCGCCUUUACUGGAAGCUGGUCGAAGAUGGCGAUAGCCAAACAUCUCGGUAUUAACGCGUCCUUCAUCACGGGCGAUCACUGUUACGUCUUAGUACGCGUCGCCAGAUUCCACGAUAGUCAACGACUUGCCGAGACUCUCGUCCUCAAUAAUUCCGUGGUGCAAGGAUCGGAGAACGUCACGAUCGGUGAUACCGCGAGCGUGGUGGAAUUUAUCAGAAACUUCGGUUCGCACUACAUCGCUUCUUACAAAACAGGGAAUUCCCUCUAUCAAGUCUUCGUGUACACUCCAAAUGUGUAUUCGCGGAUAAAGGAACGGCUGAAAACACGAGGAGUGGCGGACUUCACGGUUCAAGAGCUCAGCAACUACUUCUCGCCGUGGUACGCGGAACAUAUGGGCUCUAUACAAUCGGCGAGCGGUAAUCGUAGCGUGGAAGCGUGGGCCGUGCAGCGUCUUCGAGUGAGUUACUACAUCUUCACCUACGCCAGUUUGCUGAAGCUGCACGGGGACACGGCGUUGCUCAGGCAACUGGAUGUUCUUCUGGGAGAUGAAGCAUUACUGCAACUGCAACUGCGGACGUUGGCGUUCGCCUUUAAAGAUCCGAAGCGUCGCGAGUGGUUUUUGGAAGUGCUCGAUAACUAUUUCAAACUCUGGGAGGUGAACAUGUGAUGACGUAACACACCAUUUGCGAAACAUUUAAAAAUAUCGUCGAUUGUGUGUGUGUGUGUAGAACCGACGUAAAAAUGUGAGUGAUACAUUGAUCACUUCGACACGGUGUCAGAUCCUACGAAAUCCUUGGAAAUAAUCGCUACGAUCUAGCGCCGGUCGACUAACUAUAUAGGUUCCUCUGUUGAAUGGAUAUAUACAUAUAUCUUAUAUAUCCUUCUGCAACGUAUAUACAAUAACGUUAAACUCGCGUGAAAAAAAGCCUAUCAUUAUAAAUAAGUAUUUAUUAUAUUAUAAUCAUUAGUAGAGAAAAUGUCUUUAUACGAAUAUAUUUUUAACAUAUUAAAAAUAUUAUAUUCGUAUAAUCUGACUGAUAAAC